AUGUUCGAAGACUUCUCCUUCUCUUCCCCCUCGUCCACCCGGCCGUCGCGCCCGGCCCUGGAAGGGAAUGACCGACUCAUGGUCGACUGUGAUAGCGCCCUCAUCUCUCCGCUCUCCUCGCGAUGCCCGUCUCCUCGGUCCUCCGCCUCCCAGCGGUUCCCCCGGAGUCUCGCCCGCUCCCGAUCCUCCCACUUCCGCGCGCAACAGGCCCCCACCUCCGUCCCUUUCGACUACAAUCACAAACGCCUGUCCAUCGCAACCCUGACUCGAAAACUGCACGAGCAUACCAUCCAGAACCCGUCCCGCGAUGAUAUGCAACUCGAGAGUCCCACCUCCCUCCCCGACCCUCAAUCCCCGUCCGACUUCGUCUCCGGCGGCGGCAAGUUCUCGGGCUACGUCCUGACGCCGCCGGACACCGACCAUGACGACGAGGGAUUCUUCGAUUCUUCGUCCCUCACCUCUCCGUCGCUGUCCCCGCAGCCUCAAUCCCCUUUCCUCAGUCCCACCUACGCCCCGCUGGAUGACGUCGCCAUCGGCCAAGCCCAGGACACCGUACCCGACCUCCCUUUCCCCGACAGCUGGAACGUUCGCGCUCAGCGACAGCACAUCUCCCGUCUGCAGUGCAACCCCUCCGACGUCGAGGCCAUCCGCCACGCUCUCCUCUCCGAAGACGAAGCCCUGAACAUGAACCUCAAGUACCCGCCCAGCGCAGACUCCUGCCACCCCAGCUCGCUCCCGCCGCAGCAAUCUCCCCGCCGGAGGGCGCUGACGCUCCAGCGCAGCCGCUUCCGACCGCAAACCUCUUCCUCGUCCUCUUCCACCCUCGCAGAACCCACGUUGGUCGAGUCUCGGGGCCGGCGGAAGAGCAGCUCCGGCGUGGUGCAGUCGCACCGCAUCGAGAAGAACUACCACUCCGCUUCGGGCCGAGAUAUGCACAAGAAGAGCGAGCAGGGCUUGAGACGAAAGAGUUUGGUCAGUGCGGCGUUGGCGUCGAUGGUUGAGAAGAGUUGCUGUACUUCGGACUGA